CUCCAUCCUUCCUCUUCUCUUCUUGGGGAGCGCGCCCCGUGCUCAGCCAUGGUGGACAUGGGGGGCCUGGACAACCUGAUCGCCAACACAGCCUACCUACAGGCCCGGAAGACCUCCGACGGAGACAGCAGGGAGCUGCAGCGGAGGCGCCGGAGCCUGGUGCUGCCCGGGCCACAGUGCUGCGCCCAGCUCCGCCAGGACCUGCCCCCGGACUUCGACAGCCUGUGCGAGCAGCAGCCCAUCGGCCGCCGCCUUUUCCGGGACUUUCUAGCCACAGUGGCCCCGUACCAAGAGGCGGUGGCCUUUCUCGAGGAGGUGCAGAGCUGGGAGCUAGCUGAGGAGGGCCCCGCCAAGAGCAGCACGUUGCAGGGACUGGUGACCGCUUGUGCGGCUGCUCCUGCCCCAGGGAACGCAUUCCCUUUCCUCAGCCCAGCUUUGGCCACCAAGUGCCAAGCAGCCACCAGUGAGGAAGAGAGAGCAGCCCUUGUGGCACUGGCCAAAGCCGAGGCCAUGGCCUUCUUGCAGGACCAGCCCUUCCGGGAUUUCCUGGCCAGUCCCUUCUAUGACAAGUUUCUGCAGUGGAAAGUCUUUGAGAUGCAACCGGUGUCAGACAAGUACUUCACUGAGUUCCGGGUGCUGGGAAAAGGUGGUUUUGGGGAGGUAUGUGCUGUCCAGGUGAAAAACACUGGCAAGAUGUAUGCCUGCAAGAAACUGGACAAGAAGCGGCUGAAGAAGAAAAAUGGCGAGAAAAUGGCUCUCUCGGAAAAGGAAAUCUUGGAGCGGGUGAGCAGCCCUUUCAUCGUCUCUCUGGCCUAUGCCUUUGAGAGCAAGACCCACCUCUGCCUGGUCAUGAGCCUGAUGAACGGGGGAGACCUCAAGUUCCACAUCUACAGCGUGGGCGCGCGGGGCCUAGCCAUGAGCAGGGUGGUCUUCUACUCGGCCCAGAUGACCUGUGCAGUGCUGCACCUGCACUCCCUUGGCAUCGUCUACCGGGACCUGAAGCCUGAGAACGUGCUUCUAGACGACCAAGGCAACUGCCGGCUGUCCGACUUGGGGUUGGCUGUGCAGAUCCAGGAUGGCAAGCCUGUCACCCAGAGGGCUGGAACAAAUGGUUAUAUGGCUCCUGAAAUCCUGAUGGAAAAAGCAAGUUAUUCCUAUCCUGUGGACUGGUUCGCAAUGGGAUGCAGUAUUUAUGAAAUGAUUGCUGGAAGAACACCAUUCAAAGAUUACAAAGAAAAAGUCAGCAAAGAGGAUUUAAAGCAAAGAACUCUGAAAGAAGAGGUCAGAUUCCAACAUGAUCACUUCACAGAGGAAGCAAAAGAUAUUUGCAGACUCUUCUUGGCUAAAAAGCCAGAGCAACGCUUAGGAAGCAGAGAAAAGUCUGAUGAUCCCAGGAAACAUCUUUUCUUCAAAACCAUCAACUUUCCUCGCCUGGAAGCCGGCCUAGUCGAACCCCCAUUUGUGCCAGACCCUUCGGUGGUAUAUGCCAAAGACAUCGAUGAAAUCGAAGAUUUCUCUGAGGUCCGGGGGGUUGAAUUUGAUGAUAAAGAUCAGAAGUUCUUCCAAAGAUUUGCAACAGGUGCUGUCCCCAUAGCAUGGCAGGAGGAGAUUAUAGAAACGGGACUGUUUGAAGAAUUGAAUGACCCCAACAGGCCUGCAGGUGGAGAGGGUAAUUCAUCCAAGUCUGGUGUGUGUUUGUUAUUAUAA